UCCUUCCGUCUCUGGUGGUUUCCAGGUGCGGUACGGAAGCAGUCCCGAGAGCCCAAGGAGCUGUGGGGCUACGUGCAAGUGCGAAACAAGGCCCACAUGUUCUGGUGGCUCUACUACGCCGACGGCCCCACCGAGGACUUCACAAAGCUGCCUCUCGUCUUGUGGCUGGGGGGGGGGGCUGGGGGGAGGGGCUGUGGAUUUGGAAACUUUGAAGAGAUUGGUCCAUUAGACAAAGAAAUGAAACCAAGAAAUACAACCUGGUUGCAGGCAGCCAGUAUCCUGUUUGUGGAUAAUCCUGUGGGUACUGGAUUCAGUUAUGUAGAUGACUGUAGCUUGUUUGCCAAAAACCUUACUGCAGUAGUCUCCGAUAUGAUGGUUUUUCUUGGAGAAUUCUUCAAGUCUAGGACAGAAUUCCAGACCAUCCCAUUCUACAUAUUUUCUGAAUCUUAUGGAGGGAAAAUGGCUGCUGGCGUUGCUUUAGAGUUGCAUGAGGCUGUCCAAAAGGGGAGCAUAAAAUGCAAUUUUGUUGGGGUUGCUCUUGGAGACUCGUGGAUUUCUCCUCUAGAUUCUGUGCUGUCUUGGGGGCCCUACCUUUAUAGCACCUCUCUCCUUGAUGAUCAAGGUCUAGCAGAGGUGACUGCUGUUGCCAAAGAGGUAAUGGUUGCAAUAAACGAAAAACAAUACGGACUGGCCACUGAGCUCUGGAGCAAGGCUGAAGGUAUCAUUGAAGAGAACACAGACAAUGUGAACUUUUAUAACAUCAUGACUAAGGAUGUUCCAGAAAUCAAAGCAAGCGAACAAGAAAAUCUGCAUCUCAUUAGACUUUAUCAACGCCAUGUCAAAAAUAUGCAUAAGGACAGCCUAAACGAUUUGAUGAAUGGACCUAUCAGAAAGAAGCUAAAAAUUAUUCCAGACUGUGUGAAAUGGGGAGGUCAGUCCAAAGAAGUCUUCAUAAACAUGGCUGAGGACUUCAUGAAACCAGUCAUUGAUAUUGUUGAUCAGCUUUUGGCAGCGAAUGUCAACGUUACAGUCUAUAAUGGGCAGCUGGAUCUCAUUGUUGACACCAUGGGCCAGGAAGCAUGGAUCCGGAAACUGAAGUGGCCUAAUUUGGAUCAGUUCAGCCAGCAAAGGUGGAAGGCUCUGUACGUGUCUCCAGAGUCCACUGAGACAGCUGCUUUCCACAAGGCCUAUGAGAACUUUGCUUUCUUCUGGAUUCUUAAGGCUGGGCACAUGGUACCAUCUGAUCAAGGAGAGAUGGCACUGAAAAUGGUCAGGAUGGUGACCCAACAGAAGCAUUAGGGAAGGGGAGGCCAGCUGGUAUGGCUUCUUGCUGAAUGCCACUGCUUUCACAGAACGUGAGUCCAGAAUGAAUAAGCUGCAGGAGGAACGACUGCUAUUCAGACUUGUGUCCUCUCUGAUCUCGCUGAUAAUGCGCACAAGCGUUUAUGGAAAGGCCUAUUUCUCCUUGAAUGAUUUGUUGCUUUUGAAUUUGUAAGCUGUGAUAGCUGCCUUAAUAUUUCUCAUAAUGACUCUUCCAGUGGAAACGCCACUGUCAUAAACAACUUGCUUGGAGCCUUUGCCUUUGUUUGGAAGGACUUUUUUGUGCUUCUGUAAAAUGCUGCCCUCCUCUGAAUGCCCUUUUGUCUAAAAAUCUCUUGACUAAAGCUGAUUGGCUUCCUGAUAGAUUUGAUCCUCUUCCUGUCAGAGAGCAAGCCCAUUUUGUUAGGCCAUGGAACGUGCCUUCCUUCAUCCUCAGGCCUCUGCUUGAGUCAUCCAGCUGGAUUAGAAGCUGAAGACAUGGAGCUGGCGGGAUAGAAGACCUGCCCUAGAGGAUGGUACAUCUCAUUUCGCUGAGGUGCCUGAAUUAGGAUCCAAAACUCUUCAGGCUUCCUGGGCUAUGGAGAGAGAUAAACGCUCCUAGAGGAGGAUUUGACCUUUUUCAUCUGACCAAUUAUUUCUUCUUUUUGUUCUCAUCUUUAAUGACCGUCAACCAAAAUGUAGACUUUAACCUUAGCACCUAAUAGCAUAUCCAGUGGGAACUCCUGCUUUCCCUUAUGCUGAAGCAGAAGCCCUGUAACACCCUCUUCUCGAGUAGAAGAGAGUCCCAAUGGACAAAAGCAUCCGACAAGCUUCUGAAUUUAGCCUGGGGAGUGGAAAGGAGAGUAUUACUUGAGGAACAAUAGCAUAAUUUUCAAAGACAAUAGCCUUAUUUAAAAGAAGAUAUAUAAGCUAGAACCGAUAUACUUAUCCAUAUUUUUCUAGACCUGUAAGUCUUGCAGAGACCUAUUUACAACAAUUUUUAUGUUAUAGUGUCAAGAGAAGACUUAGUCAGACUUCAUUUGACCUUUGCAGUGGAGCACAAAGUGACUGGUCUUUAUCUGUGUCUGUAGGAGGCACAACAUCCUGUUCCAGUUGUUGGAAUCCUAAAUAAAUAGCAAACCCUCCAAUUUCUCCAGUAACUGAAACUAUCACGAAAUGUUUAAUAGUGUUGGCUUAGCAAGGACUGAGUCAUAAUGCUGUGUAAACAAAUAUACAGUCACCCAGCAGCUGGAGUAUCAGUGCCUGAUAAUUGUCUUCCCUUUUUCUCUGCUUGAACUAUGUUCAUGUGAACUUUGGCAAUGCAAAUCCAGAUUUUUUUUAAGACACGUUUUUCAAUAAAUGCAGUAGAUCUUGUUUAAUUCUUCUCUUUUGGGCAUCAAGUCAAUUGCAAAACGAAGAUAGAGAGGAGAUUUUCAGGCAGUGAAAUGUAAAGCCCCUGCCAAUGGGAGCAGAUGCAGUCAUGCUUAAAAGAGAGGGAAUGGUCCAGGAUCGUGCUCCGCUGUGUGACUGCGUUGCAUAAUGAGGAACACGGGCCCUGGGGACUGGAGCCUGUCUAACUGUCCCCCAUGGAAUACACUCCUGCACAGGAUGAGGGGCAACCCAGAAGGGCCAGACAGGAGCAUAAUAGCAUUUGUUUCUGUUCUUUCUGGUUGCAUAUUAGAUGAACAAGAAUGAGAAGGGUUUUAGAGGUAUGGAAACAUGCAUUCUUGGAGUAUUUUAAAAUAAUUUGCCAAAGAAUUAAGUAUCUCUAAACCUGGGCAGUUUAAUUGGCUUGUAGCCUUCAGUCCUGAUAUUUUAUAUAGAAUACCUUGUAUUAGCCCUAAAUAAUUAAUACUAUAGGGCUUGGUAGACGGAAAGAAUUGAGGAAAACUGUUUCUCCAGAAAGCAGCAUUUACUGCUAUUCCUAUGCUUUUCUAUUAAAUGAGACAUUCACUCACGUGGCCUAGAGCUUGUGCUCUGUGGUAGGCCUGAUGCACCUCUUUCUUGUACUGCUUUUGUAGUUUCUGCAGAUUCUUCUGUUGGCAAAGAGACGGUUUGGGGGGUCGAGGGGGGCAGGAAGACAUUCGGAGAAGGCUUGUGCUAAUGACUUGUUGGUUUUAGGGGAAAAGACAAAUCUAAGUAUGUUAAAGUGCUUGCCUGUGGGGACAGGCUUCUGAAUAGUGUCCAUUUAAACACAAACAUCAAAUAAGCAGCAGUCCUUUAAUAUCAAGGAGAAUUCCUUCCUUUUAUUUCACCAAAGGCUCUCUAACUGGUGUGUCACAGCUCCAGAUCACCAGAGAGGUAGGUCACCUGUCCAGCAGAUGCUGUAGGAAAUAUGCUGCUUUGAAAGGAAUUUGAGUCCUGCUGUGUUUAUGAUUAGCAGUGACGUACUUUGUCCAUUUUGAUUUCACGCAGCAUGCUAAAGCAGAUAAGGACUGUCACUUGGCAAAUCUGUUAGACUGAAUCGUGCUAAAUAUUAAUAAGAUUUUUUACAGAUGUAGGAAAAGCCCAAAAGAAAACAGUUCAACAUUUUUCUAUCUACAGCUGCAGGCUUUGAUUGCCUAGGUAGCCUGGGAGCCACUGGCUUAUUUUGCUCACCAUCAGUUGAGGAUAAUUUCCAUAGAAACAAAUCCAGCUGUGUUAAAAAUCAAUAAUUCAGCACUGCCUCUCCAGCACAAGCAAUUUCAGCUCUGUAGCUCUCUGCACGUUUUUAUGGAGUCUGGGAAAAAACCUAGAAGCGAUCCACCGUGUAAUAAACAACUGUCCUUGUCCGUCUUUUUACCUACUGCUUUGCUGGAUCUGGGAGGAUGUAACAGGAAAGGGUCACCUAAUGCAAACUCUCUCUCCCCUCACAGCCUCUGGUACAUGGAGGAUGUUGGAUAGGUGACCUUUGGUCUAGCUGUUACAGCUGUACCCAUGCAAUAGAGCUUGAGAGACUGGCAGGGACAGAUGAACACAGGAGGUAAGAGACCUGGCACGUUUGCCACCACAGGAGUAUCAGUGCAGGCACCGUACCUAUGUCUAAUGCAGCAAAUCUGGUAUGAGAUGUUUUUACUGUAGGAAGAGUGAACCACGUAAGCUGUUUCUAAAGGGAGCUUGGCACAUAAUGCUCAUUGAUUUCAUGCCUGUAAAAGUUUGAGGCUUAAUAGUGGGCAGAUGUAUGCUGAGCUGUCUGUCUUUUGGGGGAGGGAGGGGAAGAUGAAAGUUUUGAAAUGUUGCAACAUCUGCUUAUCUUGAGAUUCAAAGACACAACAAGGGAACAUCUGUGUUACUGAGGCAAGAUGGAAAUCUUGGAGCACUUCUUCAUCGUCAGACAUGUUAUGUCUAUUAUCCUGUAAACAGUCUGCUGUAUGGCACAGUAAUUUGUGUGUGUCAGUUCUGAACUCUGGGGUAUGCUGAUGUUUUUCCAAAGGGGAUUUAGUGAACAGAGUAGCAAUUUAUCGGACCUAGAGACAGCGAGGGAAGGAAUAGUAAUAAUUUGAGUAGUGCACCGUUCAUGCUUGCAAAGCUCCUCUGCAAACUGUUUGGUAUUUGCUAUGUGAUAGAUUUGAUAGUUAGUGAGUAGCCUUAGCUCUUCUUAUCGACCAAAUGUACUAUUCUGGCCACUGUCUGUGUGUUGGUUUUCUCUUUUUUUCUGUGGCUAUAAUGCUGUAGGAAGACUGGGGGUCUCCAGAAGCUAAAAGCAUGCAGAUACCAAAUGUCUCACCAUGGCUCUGCUGUUCAGCAUCUCCAGCGAACAUAUUACACGGAUUUGAAUCCAAAGUGCCCUCUCAGCCUGGCUGGGCUUUCGACAUAAAACUUGCUCAUGCAAAACAUUCACUUCAAAGUCGGUUAGGCAAAGGCAAGUGCAGAUUCAUGGAAGACUUGAACAAGACCAGAGUGACUGUAUCACAGGGAGGCAAAAACCAUACUAUUGUUGACUUUCCCUGGUGAAACUGAUUCAAAUCCAGGAGCUUAUUUCUCUCUGCCCCCCAAAUUUUGUUCUCAGUCUCCAUAUCAAAAUUCAUAGGUAGACCUCAUGAUGAAUAGGGCAAUGUAGGUUUUAAAAAGCUAUCAAUCAUCUGAGCAUAAGAAGCAGCUGGAAGAAUUCCAUGUGCAAGCUGCAGUCAAUAGAUUUGAUCAUUCCUUCCACAAUCAUGUUUUGAGGGAAUUAUAAAGGCUGCUAUGACCAGCCUGGUUGAGCUGCUUUUCUAAGUGCUUCUCUGUCCCAAAAAUGUCCUUUUCUGGACUAUUUCUCUAUAAACGAGCUGAUUGCAGGCUGUCAUUGAAACAGUCAAACAGUGCUCAUCGCUAUUAGCCCUAAAGUUAAUUUGGUCUACCGAUGGGCGUGGCAGUAAUGGUGUUGCACCUACGUUCUCUUGCAUAAAUAUUUUUGUGCUGUCCUUUAUCUUCUUAUUAGUCAGCCGACUUGGACUUAGGUCAUACAAUCUGUUUCGAGACGCAACAAUCACUGUUUGGCUUUAGCAUCAGUAUGGUGUAUCAUGUUCUAAUUUUAUUAUGUUCCAGAUUUUGUUACUAAAUCCAGCAGUAUAUGGGAAUUGCAUUCCUUGUAGUCAAAUAUACUAAAAUCACAGAUGGCACACAGUUAUUCAAUUGUGCAGUUUACCUUGAAAAGGGUAAAACAAGUAAAAUUUUAUAAACUGGUUUUAUUUGAAGCAUCUCAGGAAUGAGGGACAACUUACUGAACGGUUCACAUACUGUGUGAGUGCUAUGGGUGAGUUACCUUAAGCAAAAUAUGCUGUCUGGCCUGUAGGUGACUUUCAACAUACCAGCCUUGUAUUUUAAUAAAACAUGUGAGUGUGCAGGGAAAAGA